CCCUCCUCAUACCCCAAAUACCCUUCUAUACCCUCGUUUGUCGUUCUGACGCAUUACAGAUCUCCCUCUUCUACCCACGCCGCUCCUUUAUACCUGCCCUUCUGGCAGAGCAAGACGCUGCGACACUCUGAGCCACUCGCCCGAGCAGGCUCGCCCCGCCUCUCCUUUGCCAAGCACUCGUCAUGGCUGCCAUCAUCGACUACGGGCGCCGACGCGGUGGCGCAAGAGGUGCACGGCGUCCAGCCUCGACGGUGGAAGACGACACUACAGAAUUGACACCCACCGAUGCCCCACGCUCUCGUGGGCCUGCCACGACCAUCUCGGGAACCGAUGCUUACGCUGAAGACGCAUAUACCGCCGCCAGUGAGCCCGACAGUCGUACCACCAUCGAGACACCCACAGAGUACGAUGACGGAAGGGACGGACCGUAUCGCGGGGCUGCUCCUCGAGAUGUCGAUGUAGAGCACAAGGCCACAAAGGGAGAAGAUGACGCCUAUCGUCGUCAGCAGGAGCAAGACGACCCCGAACCGGCCUUCUUCGACCCCUCGUUUCCAUCCUAUCAGGAACAGUCGAAUCUAGAGAUGCCCUUCUUCAACCACGUCGUUGCCAACUAUGGCGAGAUGGGACCCAUCGGCAAGGCCCGUCUGAUGUUCCGACAGGCGCUGUCCUUUGGUCUCUCCUUUGGAGGUCUGGCCCUCGUCUUCACCCUCGCCUUUGUUUCGUACUUCAACCCACUCAAGAAGUCGCCCGCUCGAGCUAAGCCGGAUCGUGAAUACGAGCGCAGGAUCACCGGCGAAAGGCUCAGUGGACGACCCGAAUACUAUUCGGAAUUCUGGGGCUACCAGUGCGACCGCCACGAGAUCGUGACCGAGGGAGGCUGGAUCCUGUACGCCCACCGAGUAUCAGACCCCCGUCGACCUGGACCGCCCGGUCACCCAGUCAUCCUGCAGCACGGUAUUCUCUGCAACUCGUCCCACUUCUUCGUCAACGAGGAACGCUCUAUGGCAUUCUGGUUGGUAGAUCAAGGGUACGACGUGUGGGUGACAAAUAUCCGUGCCAACUUCAACACUGGACACACCGAAUUCACCCGCUUCGACCCCCGCUUCUGGGCUUGGGGUCUCAAGGAGCUGGCCUUUGAUCUAAGGGACGUAGUCGAGUUCAUCUGCGGUGCCACUGGCAAGCCUCGAGUGGCCUACGUCGGUCACUCGCAAGGAUCCGGUUCCAUGUACCUCGCCCUAUCCCCAGGUAUCUGCCCAGAACUCGGCCAGCGUCUCAGCUGCUACGUCGCCCUGGGUCCUUCGGUCUACGCUGGACCUGUGUUGAGAAAGUUCCCCUUCUCCCUCCUACGUAUGUUCCGAGGCCGAAGAUGGUGGUCGCUCGUCUUUGGAGUCAAGGAGUUCAUUCCUGCUCUUGCCAUCUUCCAAAAAUACCUCCCCGCCUUUUGGUUUGGCCACAUUGGUUACGUGGUGAUUGGGUACCUCUUUGGCCACCACGACCACAACUGGCUUGCUCGACAGAAGCCCAAGUUCUUCCGCACGGUGCCGGUGCCUACCUCUUCUGAGCUCCUCUACUGGUAUAUGGCGUCCUUCUCGCACCGUGGAUGCAUCUUUGACCCGCGCAUGUCUCAGCCCUGGUUCCCACCGACGUUCCCACCUCACUCUGUCGUCUACGGUGACAUCGACUACCUCGUUAUCGGCAAGCCGCUGAUCAAGCGUAUUGAGCAGUACGAGAAGAAUCUCAACAUCGUGCACGCCGUCGAGCUAGAGGGGUACGAGCACCUUGACAUGAUCUUCGGCAUCGACGCUUACCGUACGUGCUUCCCGGUCAUCAAGGACACCAUCGAGAGCACUCUCCACGAGAGUGAGCGACCACAGGAAAUGACCGAGUACACCGGAACGGAGACUGACUCGCGAGAGUACGACGAUGAAUACGUCAGGGAGGACGAGGGGACAGAGAUGGGCACCUCCUUCACAAGACAAGACUCGCUUGUGACGGAUGACAGGAGGAAAGGCUACCGCACCAAGAAUGGAUCCUCUCUCGGUAGACAAGACUCCCUCGACUCUGACGAGACUAGGAGGGGCUACCGCACCAAGGGUGGCAAAGGCAGUGGCUCUAGGUUUACCGAUUCGAUGCAAGACUACUCCAGAGGUGGCUCGAGGCGAUCGGAUUCAACUCUUCGAGCCCCCAGGGGGAUCCCAAAGCGAGGAGCCAACAAAGAUUAUUAUGAGGACUAAAGAAGUGGCUACUAGGCCUCUCACCUCCGGAGCUCGAGCUCGUCUUUUCUUACGAUGAUACCUUCACAGGCGCAAAACAUUGCCGUGCGUUUUUCUCUGCUUUUUCCGGCCUUUGCCAGGUUGCGUUUCCAUUAUUGUAUCUUGUUUGUUCUCUCGCAGGUAUGCUCUUCUCUCUUGCCUCCUGUCUCUUCGUUUUGUUCUGGGCCCCUCUUGUUCUUUUACUCUUGUGCUUCCUCAGCAGCACGGUCCACAUUCGCUACCUUCCUGACGUCCCUUGCCCUGCUUCCCACUGCCCCUUGGCUACACGAAUGCAACUCCACCGUCUGUGUCAUCUCCUGCUCCCGUGUGAACGUGCAAUCCACCCUGCUCAAGUCCGUUGCCUCGUCAUGUGUGUGU